AAUAAGAAUGCCUGAUUGCAGUUUUUGACAAAUCCGGCAUACAUCGGAGGAGUAAAAAGUGAAGAAUGAUGAUGACAAGAAUAGUGGCUGGAAAAUGGAGGUUCUCCAUUUCAUUGCUUCCAUCGCAGUUGAACUACUCAGCCACUUUCAGUUCAAGACCUCAACUGCUUAUUCCUCCUGCACAACAAUCUUAUAAUUCAGAUACAGGCUAUCAGACACUUGUGCAGAUUCUUGAAGCAUGCAAGUCCUCUCAUGAUUUGAGAACUGUGAUCGCAAUGCAUGCUAAGAUUGUUAAACAUGGGUAUGGGAUGUACCCAUCUAUGUUGUCAUUGUUGAUAUCCAUAUAUGUUACCUGUCAAUGCCACAACCUUGCUUGCGAAUUGCAGAAGGAAAUUUCGUACCGGAAUGUUGAUAUUGUCUCUGCAAAUUUAAUCAUUUCAAGUUUCAUGAAGAUAGGAGAAAUUAAUAUUGCCAAGAAGAUAUUUCAGAAUGUGCCUUCCCGUGAUGUAGUCACUUGGAACUCGCUGAUUGGAGGUUGUGUAAAAAAUGCUUCAUUUCAGGAAGCAUUGAGUACUUUCAGAGAGAUGUUGAGAAGACAAAUUGAACCAGAUGGAUUUACAUUUGCAUCUACUAUUGCUGCUUGUGCUAGACUUGGAGCUCUUCAUCAUGGGAAGUGGAUACAUAGUUUGAUGAUAGAGAAAAGAAUUGAACUAAAUUACAUCUUAUCUUCUGCAUUGGUAGACAUGUAUGCAAAAUGUGGACAAAUUAACACUGCAAAAGAAAUUUUUGAUGGUGUCCAACGCACUGAUGUUUCUAUAUGGAAUGCGAUGAUUAAUGGAUUAGCAAUUCAUGGCCUUGCUUUGGAUGCUAUUGCAAUAUUCUCAAGGAUGAAAGGGGAAAAUGUCUUGCCCAAUUCAAUAACUUUUAUUGGGAUUCUAACUGCAUGUAGCCAUUGUGGCUUGGUUGAAGAGGGUCGCAAAUAUUUUGAUCUGAUGAGAACCUUAUACUUGAUCCAGCCACAGCUUGAGCACUAUGGAGCCAUGGUUGACCUGUUGGGGAGAGCUGGUCGUCUAGAAGAAGCCUAUGGAAUAAUUAAGGAAAUGACUGUCGAACCUGAUAUUGUUAUAUGGAGAGCAUUACUCAGCGCCUGCAGAAUGCAUAAGAACUCUGAGUUGGGUGAAGUAGCCAUUGAAAAGAUUUCACAUCUGAGUAGUGGAGAUUAUGUUUUAAUGUCAAAUAUUUACUGCUCCAUCAAAAAGUGGGACAGCUCUGAGGGGGUGAGAUACAUGAUGAAGGAAAAAGGUGUUCGUAAAUGUAGUGGAAAAAGUUGGCUGGAAUUUGGUGGUGCAAUUCACCAAUUCAAUGCUGGUGACAAAUCACAUUGUGAGGCUAUUCUGAUAGACAAAGUGUUGGAAUCAUUGAUCCAUAGAACCAAAACAGAGGGGUUUAUGUCUGAAACAGACUUGGUUUUUAUGGAUGUUUCUGAGGAGGAAAAGGAGGAAAACUUGAAUUAUCACAGUGAAAAGUUGGCUGUGGCCUAUGGGAUACUAAAAUCAAGUCCUGGGGCUGAAAUUCUGAUAUCCAAAAACCUUCGGACUUGUCUUGAUUGCCACUCCUGGAUGAAAGUUGUAUCAAAGCUAUUAAACAGGGUGAUAAUUGUGAGGGACAGGAUUCGAUUUCACAGGUUUGAGCGUGGUACCUGUAGCUGCAGAGACUAUUGGUAGUCACUCUUGAUUAAGCUGGGCCAUUAUAUUUGUGCUCAGACCAAGGAGUUGCCCUGGCUCUUCAAUGGAACUUUGAGAUAAGAGUUCCUGAUCGAUUAAUUUUCAUGUUCUGCUGCAAAAGAAAGCGUAGAAGAUCCAUCAAUUUGUCAACAACUUGUUGCGAAGUUCUUCUGCAGGGUAGAGUGAAAUUUUGCGGCUGUCAAGUUACAUAUUCAAUUUAACAUGUGAAAAAGGUCAGCCUGGAGUGGUACAGCCAUUCUGAAUUUACAUGUUCUAAAGAGCCCAAUUUAUAUAAAGAUAAAUGCUUGCUUAAUCUGGUAGCUGACUCUGUAACAUGAGCAUCUGCUAUGGAGAAGUGAAAUAGAUCCCCCAAGUUUGAAAAUGGAAGCAGCCAAAGCGAAAUAAUGAAAUGUUGCCAGCUUGAAAGGGCCUGCUUUUUGGUCCACUGGAGUUGGACUAAAUUUGCUGGUGGUCUUUAACCCCAUCAUGAUCCUAGUGACGCAAAUCGUUUUGUCUCCUUGUAGAGUUGCAGUUUGCUGGAAAUUUUUGUGCUUCUUUGGACCUGAGUUUGGUGUUGGUGUAACUGUGCAAGGCUACUUGGAAUGUGCUGUUCAUUUCUAAUCCUGCUUUGCUCGUAAACCAACCGUUAGUGCUGCUUUGUUGUCUGCAACUAUAUGGAUUCACUGCUUCAGCAUGGUUAGGAAAUUAUAAGCUUAUGAGAUAGAUAGCGUUGAGGGCUUGGAAAACUAGGAGGAUCCAAUAGUCUAAUCUUGUAUGGAGGAUCAAUUUUGUCUUCUUCUUAUCAAAGAUUCCUCCUCGAAUUCCUUUUUUUUUUAAAGCUUCUCCUUGAAUUCUUAAUUGGAUAAACUGAUCUUUCUUGU